ACAAUUACUAUUUUUCACAGGAACUUGCCAUUUGUAUUGUCUCUUUCCUUAACUGGACAGUCUUAAACAAUUCAGACCAUUAGUUAUUUUUCCUGGUCUUCAUUUUUUUUUUUUCUAUUAGUAGGAUUUCAAGUAUUUAAAGCUGAGAAUAUUGGUCACAGAGAUAUUGCCUUGUUAGGGUUCGGCAUUGUGCCCGAAUUUGUUGGGCCUCUCAGGGCCUGAGUUCUCUGUGCUCUAACAAAUGAGCUACAGUUCUCAAGAGAUCAGUGGAGCUUGUUUGUUGAUCCUGUAUUCUUAUUCCGAGGAAGUAGAUCUUUAAGAAUGUCUAAGGAAGGGGUAUUUGUGAACCGAAGUUUAGCCAUGGAAAAAAUAAAAUGUUUCGGUUUUGAUAUGGAUUACACCCUUGCUGUAUACAAGUCCCCGGAGUAUGAAUCCCUUGGCUUUGAGCUUACUGUGGAGAGAUUAGUUUCUAUUGGCUACCCCCAGGAGCUGCUCAGCUUUGCUUAUGAUUCUACAUUCCCUACCAGAGGACUUGUCUUUGACACAUUAUAUGGAAAUCUUUUGAAAGUCGAUGCCUAUGGAAACCUCUUGGUCUGUGCACAUGGAUUUAACUUCAUAAGAGGGCCAGAAACUAGAGAGCAGUAUCCAAAUAAAUUUAUUCAACGAGAUGACACUGAAAGAUUUUACAUUCUGAACACACUAUUCAAUCUACCAGAGACCUACCUGUUGGCCUGCCUAGUAGAUUUUUUUACUAAUUGUCCCAGAUAUACCAGCUGUGAGACAGGAUUUAAAGAUGGGGACCUCUUCAUGUCCUACCGGAGUAUGUUCCAAGAUGUAAGAGAUGCUGUUGACUGGGUUCAUUACAAGGGCUCCCUUAAGGAAAAGACAGUUGAAAAUCUUGAGAAGUAUGUAGUCAAAGAUGGAAAACUGCCUUUGCUUUUGAGCCGGAUGAAGGAAGUAGGGAAAGUAUUUCUUGCCACCAACAGUGACUAUAAAUAUACAGAUAAAAUUAUGACUUACCUGUUUGAUUUCCCACAUGGCCCCAAGCCUGGGAGCUCCCAUCGACCAUGGCAGUCCUACUUUGACCUGAUCUUGGUAGAUGCACGGAAACCACUCUUUUUUGGAGAAGGCACAGUAUUGCGUCAAGUAGAUACUAAAACUGGCAAGCUGAAAAUUGGUACAUACACAGGCCCCCUACAGCAUGGCAUCGUCUACUCAGGAGGUUCAUCUGAUACAAUCUGUGAUCUGUUGGGAGCCAAGGGCAAAGAUAUUUUGUAUAUUGGAGAUCACAUUUUUGGAGACAUUUUAAAAUCAAAGAAACGGCAAGGGUGGCGAACUUUCUUGGUGAUUCCUGAACUUGCACAGGAGCUGCAUGUCUGGACUGACAAGAGUUCCCUUUUUGAAGAACUUCAGAGCUUGGAUAUUUUCUUGGCUGAACUCUACAAGCACCUUGACAGCAGUAGCAAUGAGCGCCCAGACAUUAGUUCCAUCCAGAGACGUAUAAAGAAAGUAACUCAUGACAUGGAUAUGUGCUAUGGGAUGAUGGGAAGCCUAUUUCGUAGUGGCUCCCGGCAGACACUCUUUGCCAGUCAAGUGAUGCGUUAUGCUGAUCUCUAUGCCGCAUCUUUCAUCAACCUGCUGUAUUACCCAUUCAGUUAUCUCUUCAGAGCUGCCCAUGUCCUGAUGCCUCAUGAGUCAACAGUGGAGCACACACACGUAGAUAUCAAUGAGAUGGAAUCCCCACUUGCCACCCGCAACCGCACAUCAGUGGAUUUUAAAGACACCGACUAUAAGCGACACCAGUUGACAAGGUCGAUUAGUGAGAUUAAACCCCCCAACCUCUUCCCACUGGCCCCCCAGGAAAUUACACACUGCCAUGAUGAAGAUGAUGAUGAAGAGGAGGAGGAGGAGGAGGAGGAGGAGGAAGAAUAAGGAGGAAAACCAAAACCCUGAACACCCAUUAAACAAGUUCUGGCAGGACCCACAGGAGCAAAGGAUGUUCUUGUUUGGGUUCUACUGGGGAGGAGGGUGGGGGUGCUCCAUCAGAGGUACGUCUGGAAAGUUUCUAAAGACUUUAAAAUAUUCUAAUCAUAGAGAGAUACUUGUUUUAGUUUUGUGUAUCUAUAUUCUUUGCAGAUGGCUCAGAAUUGUAAUGGAGUCUGUGUUGGAAGGAAGUAAGGGUAAAGUCAGGCUGAACUGCAUGCAGAUGGUUCCAUGUGGCUUGUGACACUGUUUGCUUGUCUUUUAUGAUCAGUAUGUCAUAGUGUAUCUGGAUACACUAAGGGUGAAGGGUUUCGAGUGUAACAAGGACCAGUGGGAA